ACAUUAUCUUUGUAUUGUCACAUUUUUUUAUGUUACGCCGACGUGUUGUCAAUGUAUUUAACCUUAACCGUGGUUUGUAUUGGGUUUGGGUUUCUUUACUUAGUGGAAGAUAGGAUUUUUAGUUUAAUUUAGCAUCGGAUGAACGAAAUGGAACGCGGAAGGAAGUUGCAUUUUUGAGGAAGUAACUGGUGGCGGGAACAAAUGAGAUACGAGUUAAAGGACAGCAGCUCUCAAGUUAAGCUAGCUUUACAAAGGUCGUGCUUUUACUCUAAUACGACUUAUUGGCGUUACAACAUAAGGAAGUAGAAGAUAUCAGUCAUAGCUGGAGCAGGCCAGGCAUGAGUAGCGCACACCUGGACGAAUGGCAGAGGAGGUCCUUUGACAUUUCAUCUGGCAGCUGUACACCAGAACAGACGGCUGAUGCCUACCGGGCCCACAUCCUCUCCAUUCAAUAUGCAUGGGCAAGCUCCCAGAUCUCUCAGGCCUGCAUGGACAGCCUGUUCAGGACCUACACAGAGCGGUACGCUGCGGUGCUGGACUCCGAUGACCCAAACACAGGGCUAAACAACUAUGCAGAGAGUGCACUGCACCUUGCCCGCAGUCAAAGGAACAACAGUGACAAAUGGGAGUCGUCCCUGACCAUAGAGCGUGUGUUGGAGCUGCCUUGCGUGCAGAAGAUGAUUCAGGUGGAGACAGAGGGUGGAAGCUCUCUGGUGGCACCAGCAGAUGUUAACAUAUCUGUGGGACAAGACGGAAGAGGUGAUUCCCACUGUGCUCUCUUUGGCGGAGUCAAGCCAGACUCUGCUUUGUUUAAACCUUUAGGGCCACCACAACCUAAACUAGAGGUUAACAACACGGCUUGUGAUCUUGCUGAGUGUUCUACAAUAAGUUCAAGGGCCUCUGAGUGGAUCUCAGGUGAUCAAAAUGUCUUCUCCCGACAUCCAGCACGACCACAAUCUUUGUUUAGUCAUCCUCUUUCAGUUCCUCCGCAUGCCAACUCUGCCCCUCCAGAUGGCACACAGUCGUCCAACUUCUAUAACCCAAACCCAUCUAAGAGAAAAAACUUUUACAAUCCAGAGGGAGAACAAGGUGGCAGGGGACAGCAUGGAGGUCAAAUAGGCACUGACCCUCGAGCUGGACACAACUUCAAAACGGCUCGGGAGCAGUUCAUCAUUGAGCAGCAUAAAAAGCAUGCUCAGCAGCCUCCGAGAGGUCAAACCCCCGGGAUGGCUGCAGCUGUAAAAAAGUCUUUGGGUGCUAAUAGGCCUCGUGGUAUGUUUUCUAAAUUUGUUUCACCCAUGCCACGACAAGAAGAAGGGAGCAGCAGGGAAAACCAUAAUUCUAACCAGGAGCCUCAGAACCUGGAUGAACGUCUGAAAAACUUUGAGCCAAAGAUAAUUGAGCUGAUCAUGAGUGAGAUCAUGGACCACGGGCCUCCGGUGGCCUGGGAUGACAUCGCUGGUCUGGAGUUUGCCAAAACCACCAUAAAGGAGAUUGUGGUAUGGCCAAUGCUGCGGCCUGACAUCUUUACUGGCCUCCGUGGUCCCCCUAAAGGCAUCUUAUUGUUUGGCCCUCCAGGAACUGGCAAAACAUUGAUAGGGAAAUGUAUAGCCUGUCAAUCAGGUGCCACCUUUUUUAGCAUCAGUGCAUCAUCACUCACAUCCAAGUGGGUGGGUGAAGGGGAAAAAAUGGUGCGAGCGCUGUUUGCCAUCGCCCGUUGCCACCAACCUGCUGUGAUUUUUAUUGAUGAAAUCGACUCCUUGUUGUCGCAGCGGACGGACGGAGAGCACGACUCAUCGCGCAGGAUAAAGACAGAGUUUCUGGUUCAGCUAGAUGGAGCAGCCACGGCAGCCGAGGACCGCAUCUUGGUGGUGGGUGCCACCAACCGGCCUCAGGAGAUAGACGAGGCAGCUCGUCGACGCCUGGCGAAGCGGCUCUACAUCCCCCUGCCUGAAGCCGCGGCCCGACGGCAGAUCAUAACCAACCUCAUGGCUCAAGAGAAGAACCAGGUGAGAGAGCACGAGCUGGACAGCGUGGUCACCGCCACGGAGGGCUUCUCUGGAGCGGAUAUGACCCAGCUGUGUCGGGAGGCAGCGCUGGGGCCCAUCCGCAGCAUCCAGCUCAGUGACAUCUCCACCAUCACUGCUGAUCAGGUGCGGCCAAUUCUCCAUGGUGACUUCCAGGAGGCACUGAAGACUGUGAGACCAAGCGUCUCGUCAAAGGACUUGGAGUUGUAUGAAGAGUGGAAUAGGACUUUUGGUUGUGGGCGUUAGAGUCCUGUUACCUAAAUUUGUAAAAAAAAUUGUGUUGCUCAGUUUUUCCUGCUGCCUGAACCAUUAUUUGAUUAUAGUAUAGUUGUUCUUAGUUCUUCAUUCUUACAGAUUACUAUGACUGUCUUGUAGUAUCAUGUUAUUUGCAGUUUGUUUCUGGCAAUCUUUAGAUAUUAAAGCUAUUGUUUUCUUGUUAUUUGGUGUAAUUAUUGGUCAACCUGUUACAGGUGUACCAGCAGUCCCUGUUUAAAUAGUAAUUAGCAAGUUUUAAGUUAGUAAGUAAGUAAUUAUACAUUUUUGGAAAGUACUUCAAAUCUGUUUACUGUAGGUGUUUAAUGUCUCGGAAUGUGAUGUCAAUGUCUUUAUGUAGUCUCCAUAAGAUUUUACUCUUACAUUUAUAUGUUGUGACCUGAAAUAUUCCUGAUUUGCUGCUAUUGGCUGCAGAAGUUGGGCAACACAGCAACUAUCCCCAGUCUCAGGGUAAAAACUCUUAAUAUAGCUGUUGCUCUGCUUCCCUUCGUGUUAACGAUUAAGACAGCAGUGGACUCAACAGGAAAAUCUCUUACGGCAACACAUUAGACAAUAUGUGUGAGCUCCAUAAUCUGAGUCACUGGGUUGCAAGGUUGAUUGUGUAGCUGCACACUUGUCAACAUGUCAGUGUGUCCACUCAAUAAAUCUGACUCUCACUCACUUGUCCCAGUGCUCCUACUCCUGGACAGAUAUCUAUUUACAGUAAAUGUAUUCGUUUUUUCAUCACUCAUCGUUCAUACACUUGCGCUGAGAAGGCCCAUCAUCGAGUGUGCACGCGGGAAUCGACAUGCUCAUCUAAAUUUCAUGAAACAAUCUUUGAAAAUCUGGAGGACCAUGAAAAAAGAUUUUCAUUUAUAUUUCAUCUUUUUGUCAAGUCGCUGAUGAAUAUUUCAGACGUGUGGUUGGCCGCCGUAUUGAAACUUUGUUGAAUUAGCCAGCAGUGGUAGUCAAACAGGCCCCCGUCUCUGAACAUGGGGGCUCCUCACAGCUGGACUGGGACAGAUGCACAGAAUUCUGCUGGUGUUGACAGGAUCCAUAGAGUGUAGACUGAAAACUGUCCAUAUGGUGAAAGCUUGUAACUCAGUUUGACUGUGGCUGUGCAGCAGUGGUCACAUCUGGGCUCUUGUGGAUACAGACACCACACAGUACUGUUAAUAAAAGGUCAUUCUCCUGCUCA